GGCCUAGAGAUCUAAUUUUGAAGUCUUGAUAUUGUUAUAACUGUGGAGGCAAUGCAGAUAGGGGAAUUGUGUGUGUGUAAUCAGCUGACACAGAUAACAGUGGCGAGUGCUUGGCAACCAUUCAGCAUAGAUUUGUGUUGUAAACAGUACUGAGGCCAGUCACAUAGGAUGGGUUAUGUGACAUCCAGAAAGGACAAGUGAAGCUCUAUUGGUUUUGAGAAGGCUUUUAGGGAACCUAUGUAAAGAGAGAAGGUGACAGUCAAAAUGGUUUGGUUUGGAUUCAAAGUGAGGACACUUCACAAGUACGAGACAAAGUCAAGUUCAGUACAGUGAGUCCAGUGUGAAGGUGGUACAGAACAGUUGAAUCCAGUUCGAGCCUGGGAUGAGGUGGAGAGGCCAGUAGAGUUUGACAGUAUACAUCAUUUUUAAAGUUGCAUGCUUUGAGUGACCAGGGUUUGAAACCUGAAGACAUCCACUAUGUUAUUUGCUUAAAUGGACACAUAGAACAGAUUGGCAACCUCAACCUCUUCUCUAGAGCUGUCCAAUGUGUAGGCUAUGAUAUUUGUCGACAUGAUCAGUACUUACUGCAUGAGUUGAAAGAGGGGAUUUAUUUUAUUGUGAAGGUGAUCUUUUCUCCCCCUCCCUUUGGCUAAAAAAAAAGUGAGCGACCAAAUCUCCAGGUGCAAUCAAGAUAUACCAUAUUGGAGAUGACUGACUUUAUCAUACCAGGACAUGGACCUACGUUUAAGGUCCCAAAAGGCUAUAAAAAGUCAGAGGAUCUUGGACGAACAUGAGGAACACAUCAGCUCUCCACAGAUGACAACAUCCACUUCAGAAUUGGAUGAAAAAUUAUACUGGACGAAAGGAACUGCUGAAAUAGAUGAAGGAAACAGAGGCGAUGGAAACGAGGUUGAACUAGAGGAGCAAAAAAGAACUAAAGAAAACCUUAGGAAGAGAAUGCGUGAAGUAAAGAAACUGGAUAUAACAACUGACAAUCUGGUCAAGUCUCUAGAAAGUUCAUUGAAAGAAAAAGAGCAUGAGGUGAAACAGGAGCAGCAGAGAAACAGAGAGCUGGAUGCCAAAUUUAAGAAUCUACUCCAGGAGAAAGUAUUGAAGCUCAGCUUCAAAAAAUACUUGAUAAUCAUUACACAGAGAAGUCAGAGUUGAGUUCUAAGAUUAAAAGUCUUCAAGAAGAGAAAAAAACCCUCAAAGAUGUCAAAGAGCAAAACAAACAAUGUGAACAUUUGAGCGACUCUGACAGCACUGAAAUAGAUCUCUAGGAGUGAAGAGAACUUGAGAAACACAAGCAAUGAAGUUAGUAACAUAAAGUCAAGGUUGAUAAAAUACAACUACAUAACCAGACAGAAAGACAAAGAAAUCCA